AUGGCCGUCAUAGAAAAAAUGGAGUGCUUUAACAACCUACUCCUCAAACUGCGGGAGGUCCACGAGCGAGAAGUGGACGGGUGGCAGAUAAAAAUUCAAGAGCUGUCCAACAAGAAGGGCUGUGAUACAAAGCGAAUGGAGGAAUUGUUCACCAAAAACCAGCAGAUGAAAGAACAGCAGAGAUUACUCACCGAUAACAUCAAGACUCUGGAAAACAGGCUGAGGGCAGGGCUGUGUGACAGAUGUACAGUGACUCAGGAGGUAGCCAAGAGAAGACAACAGGAGUUUGAAGCCUCAACGAUACAAAGCAUCCAGCACCUCACCGUACUGGCGGGAGAGAUGAACAACCAGAAAAGGGAGAACAAGGGACUUCGGGAUGAGCUCAAGAGUUUAAGAGCAGCACUCGAAGCUCGGAGUGAUGAAGGACUGGACCAGCGACUCUCCAUCCCUCCUCAAGCUCUCCUUCUUAGGAACUCUUCUUCCUCAACCGGCAGAGAAGUGAACCACAGCAGACAUGUGCUCCAUGCUCCUGUUCCCUGCCGUCCUCAACCAAUCAUGAGCUGCCCUGCUACUCUCCCCUGGCACUUAUCUGAAUCCUAUGACUGGGCUAGUGCGGUUGAUCUGGGGACCAGCCUGGUGGUGCAACCUCCUCUCAAACCAAACCCACUGCGCUUUCCCAACCUGAUCCCAACUAGCCAACAUGCCACCACUAGAAGGCAGGUUAGUAGCUCUUCCUUGCCCAAGCAGAGCACCUCUCAGCCCUCUGCCAACGAACCAACUACUCAGGUGUUCAGGUUGAGAAAUAUGUCAGAGCAUGUGGAGAAUCAUACUAAGCCCCGGGAGAAAAAGGAAAUCCCGACAUCUAAGACUGAGAGGGUCUCUGGUGAGCUUAGAGAGGCGUGUGAGGGGCCUCUGGACCUAUCAGAACGAGGAAAGUCCAAAUCCAGCCAAACGCCAAGAGAUGAUUCGCCCUUAGCCUUACAAGAUGGAGAGAGAGUACAAAGAAACCCUGACAAGGAUGUGAAAGUAAAUCCAUCUGCAAACGGACCAGUAUCAUCACCUUCUCCUGUCAUCCCUCCCUCGUGCUCCUUUACCCCACCAGCUGAACAAGACGAAGAGUCUACCAGUGACCAGAACCACAAGCAUGUAUUGAAAGAGCAGGAGCAGAAAGAGGAGCCGCAUGGAAUGAGUGACCAGAGCAACGAGAAGAAGGUGCCUGUCCUCACCAUAUCAUUGCGUCCAGUAGUGGUGCUGGAGACUCUGAAUUCUGCUCUACAAGAAUCCUUAUCAGCAAAUGGCAAGUCAUCGUACCCAGCAGUGCAGCCAGGAAGCAGCUCAGAUGAGCAGGACGAGGAGAAGAGGGUGACGAGACAAGAAAGCAACCAAGGCUGCAAGCGGAAGAGGGAAUCUGUGGAGACAGAAACCGACAGAGACUCGGAAACAGACAACCCUGUCAGCAAGACUCAGCCAUGGAACCUGGCUCAGCAGAGACAACUAACACCCAGUCUCCGCCGGCACCGACGUCGGAGGAGCAACUCUACGCUGCAGUUCUAA